CUCUGCUUCAAAUCUCAAGCCUUAAUUAAAACAUUCAUCACACAUGCUAAUCAGAAUAUAAAAAUAUGUUAAAGGGUAGCUGGCACCUCCCAGCUCGGCGCACAACGGGCGCGCCUCAACACUAUUGUCAAAUCAAAAUUCUGAAACGAGACACUGCUUCUACCGUCGACAAGAACCAUUCUGAUGACAAGAUCACACGAGUCCAUGAGUACUCCGACUCUCUGAGUCACCUCCACUCGAGAAGCUCCUUUAAUCCAUGGGCUCAGUCACCUGGCCGAGAACAAUGGCUAGUUUACUCAGCCCCUCCGCCACGUACCUCAACCGCCCGCCACCUCCUCUCCACACGUGUCCCGGCGCGAGCGAACCUCGCGCGUACUUAACCACUCGCCAUGACCGCUUCCUCCUCACCACGCUCGGGAAUUCACCAGACGCGCGAGAGAAGAGAACAAAGAACCUCCGAUCGAAGCAGUAAUCGAGAGCCGAGGCAGGAUCCAUAACCCGUCAUCCAUGGAGACCGCCACCGCCAACCAGGACCAAGGCCUCACCCGCCGCGCCGUCGGGGACGUGGACGCCGCGCCGGCGCGGAUGCCUGCCUCCGGCGCUCGCGCCACCAGCCGGGACCCGAAGAGGAAGCUGGGCCGCGCUAAGCGGGGCCUCCGGUCGCUCGCGGCCGCCGUGACGGUCUCGGCCGCGCUCACCGCGGCCGCCUUCUACGCCUCCGGCGCCGGCUCGUCGUCGGGGACGGCCAAGGCGCCGUCGGCCGCGAUGGUGGCGAUCGCGCGGGCAGGGUCCGUGGCCGCGGAGGCCGUGAUGGCGUUGGCGGCGUGGAUGGUGUGGGCGGAGGGCGGGCUCCACCGGCGGCCCGGCGCCACGCUGGCGCCGUUCGCGGCGCAGCUCCUGGCGGCCGCUGCGUGGCCGGCGCUGGCGCUCAGGCUCGGGGCCGGGUGGGCCGGGAUGGCGUGCUGCGCCGCCAUGGCCGCCGGCGCCGGCGCGUGCGUCCGCGGGUUCGGCGGCGUGAACCCCGUCGCCGGCGACCUCGCCAAGCCGUGCGUCGCCUGGGCCGUGCUCCUCGCCGUGAUGAACUACAAGAUGCUGUAGAAGGGAUAGACGGGCACAGAUGCUUUGCGAGAGUUGUCUUGUGGUGUGACACGUUGGGUGGCGAGUUUGUGUAUGUACACAGUACACGCGUGCGUAGUUUCUUGUAUCUGAUCGCAAAUACUUCUACCUUUUUUGUGUGUAUUCCUCUUGUUUAAU